CCUUCACAGAUGACAUGGCUAAUGACCAGUGGGAAUCAGACAGUGGUGACUGAGUUUUUCUUUUCCAUGUUCCCACGUUUGCAUGAAGGUGGUCUCUUAUAUUUUAUUCCACUGCUUCUCAUUUAUGGAUUUAUCAUAACUGGAAACCUAGUGAUAUUCAUUGUCGUCCAGUUGGACCCAGCCCUGCACACCCCCAUGUAUUUCUUCAUCAGUGUCCUCUCCUUCCUGGAGAUCUGGUAUACCACGACCACCAUCCCCAAGAUGCUCUACAACCUAGUCAGCGAGCUGAAGACCAUCUCCCUGGUGGGCUGCCUCAUGCAGAUGUACUUCUUCCACUCGCUUGGCAUCACAGAAGGCUGUAUCCUGACAGCAAUGGCCAUCGACAGGUACAUAGCUAUCUGUAAUCCCCUCCGUUACCCAACCCUCAUGACUCCCAAACUUUGUAUCCAACUGACAGCUGGAUCCUGCAUUUGUGGCUUUCUCCUUGUGCUCCCUGAGAUAGUAUGGAUUGCCACUCUGCCUUUCUGUGGUUCCAACCAGAUCCACCAGAUAUUCUGUGACUUCACACCUGUGUUGAGCUUGGCCUGCACAGAUACAACUCUGGUGGUCAUCGUGGAUGCUAUUCACGCCGUGGAGAUCCUGGCGUCCUUCCUGGUCAUUGCCCUGUCCUACAUCCGGAUCAUCAUGGUGAUCUUGGGGAUGCCCUCAGCUGAGGGCCGUCACAAGGCCUUUUCCACCUGCGCUGCCCACCUUGCUGUAUUCUUGCUGUUUUUUGGCAGCGUGGCUCUUAUGUAUUUGCGAUUCUCAGCCACCUACUCAGUGUUUUGGGACACAGUGAUUGCUGUCACUUUUGUUAUCCUUGCUCCCUUCCUCAACCCCAUCAUCUACAGCCUCAGAAAUAAGGACAUGAAAAAUGCUAUUGGAAGGCUUUUCCAUUAUCAGAAAACGGCUGCUGUGGCUGGGAAAUAG